AUGUUCUUACUAUCAGUUUUAAUUUUUCUAGUAAUUUCACAGUUCAUACCAACGAUUAGGCGUCCGAUUUCCAUCCAGGGCUACAGGCAUACAUCUUUAUUACACCAUUUACUUACAGCCUGUUUUAUAUGUCCAGAAUCUUCACAGCUCAUGUCAACAGUCACGGUUUUGACCUACAUCUCCAACCAUAGCUGUAUAUUCCCAUACUUUUUACGGCAAAGACCAGCGAUCAAGGUUUCACUCUCCAUAAAAAUCCUCAGUUAUCUUGACAUAGUCAAAACCAACGAUUAA